AUGCACGCUUGUGCUUCUUUCCCUGCCCCAGUGCAGCAGCAGCAGCAGCAGCAGCAGAAGCAGCAUCGGUGGCCGAGUGAUUCUGCCCUAGAAGGCGUGGCUCAGUCGGUCCUCCGUGUACUGUCAAGGAGCGGAUCUGGUAGCAGCAGCAACAGCAGCAGCAGCAGCAGCACGCCAGCAGCAGAAGCAGCAGCAGCAGCAGAGGUUCGCCUGGUUGAGGUGUAUAGGCAGCUCCCCACAGAUCUCCUCAGGGCCCACUUCGCCGGCCAGUGCAUGCGGCUGUUGGGGCUGCAGCUAAAAUGCUGCAGCAGCAAACAUGCAGCAACAGCACUUGCUGCGCUGCUGCGGCUGCUGCCGCAGCUUCCCGCAGCACCGGCUGCAGCGCAGCAGCAGCUGCUGCUGCUUCGAGACAUCAAACGCUGGCAGCAGCAGUGUAAUCUCUUGCAGCAGCAAGAACUGCACCGGCAGGAUGAGGCGGCUGUUGCUGCUGCUGCUGCUGACCCUGAGCCGAACUGUGGCACUGAAGCAGCAGCAGCAGCAGCAUCAGAAGCAACAGCAGUCAGUGCAGCGGGAGUCUCAGAAGAAGCAGCUGCAGAUCAUAUCUACCGCAGAUGGCCUAUCUUUAGCAGCAAACAAGAGCCCUCAGCAGCUGCAGCAUAUUUGCUGCUUGCUGCUGUUCUGCUGCGCGCAAAGCAGCUGCUGCGCCGCCGCCGCCGCAGCAGCAGCAGCAGCGGCAGCAGCAGGACAGUAGCUUCCGUUGUUUCCGCGGCAGCAAAAACAGCGGAGUUGGCGGCCCCCCUGUCGAUUGCUGCUGCUCCAGGUGCUGCUGCUGCGGGUACUGCUGCUGCUGCUGGCGCUGAAGCUGCCUCAAGCGCAGCAGCAGCACCGGCAGCAGCAGCAGCAGCAGCAGCAGCAAGAGCCGCAGCGCUGCAGCUGCUGCAGUCCCCAGACACAGAUGAGGCUUUGCUGCUGCACCGCGAGAUGUACAAAGGCUCUGACUUGGUGAUGCUGCUGCAGGCAGCAGCAGCAGCGCCAAUGUGGAGGCCGGAGUUCCUGCGGAGUCUUCCUAGUCUGCUGCUGCAGCACAUCGCAUUCCUUUCCCCGCAGCAGCUGCUGCUGCUGCUGCACUUGAUGAAGUGCCUGCGGGUUUGUAGGCCUGCUGCCCGCACUGCAGCAGCACCAGCUGCGGCACCAGCAGCAGACUCGGCCACAGCACCAGAAGGAGCAGCAGCGGCAGAAGCAGCAGCAGCAGCAGCUGCAGCAGCAGAAGAGGUCCAUUGGUCUGAGGUUGCUGCAGAAGCUGCCCCUCACCUGCUGCGGCUGCUGCGCGCCGGCCGCUGCAGCAGCAGGGACGCAGCAACAGCGCUGUCCCUAUACACCUCGGAGGAGUGGCGCAGCGCCGAAUUCCCUUCAGCAGCAGUUGUUGCUGCUGUUGCUGCUCAGCUGCCUGCGCUUCUGCAACAAAGCAGCAGCAGCAAAUGCAGCAAAGGGAGUUUGGCCGACACUCUGCUGCUUCUGCAGGUUUUGCUGCAGUGGAGGGCCCCACAGCCAGAUGUGUGGGGCCCUCCGUUGCUGCGCAGCAUAGCGGCAGCAGCAGCAGCAGGGGCAGCACCAAGGCGUGCUGCGCAGUCUCUGCAGCACCUUGCAGCUGCAACAGGUGCUUUGGCUGAGCUGCAGCUGCUGCAGAACCUCUAUUGCUGCCAGGUGCUGCUAGAUGAGGAGGCGCCUGGCGACCCUGCUGCUGCUGCUGCUACUGCUGCAGUCCCGCUGCAAAGGCCGCCUUUGGGCGGGUUCGCUGCUGCAGUGGCUGCUGCGCUUCAGCCUUGGCCCUCGUCUGGCAGAAGCACCAUCAGCAGCAGCAGCAAGAAGGAGCUGUUGAGUGGUCUUAUCUCAUGCUGGCAGCAAUUGACCAGGGGCUUUGCAGCAACAGCAGCAGCAGCAACAGCCCAACAGCAGCAGCAGCAGCUCUUGUCUGCAGUGAUGCUAUGCUGCGCGGCCUGCGGUGUUUUGCUUCCUCAUUCUGCAGCCGAGCAUCUUCAGGUUCUGCUGCAGCAGCACACAUCUGGAAGCGGGUCUUCAAGUGUGUCAACAGCACUGCUGCUGCAGCUGCUGCGCAGCAUGUUGCUGCAUCAGGAGUACAGUGGAGCCUUGUCACAGCACCAGCAGCAACAGAGGCAGGGAGAGACUACUGACGCAGCAGCAACAGCAGCGGCAGCAGCAGCAGAGCUGCAAAGGAGGCGAUUGAACCUCCAACAGCGGGCUGAGGCUGCCGCUCUCCUGUGGCGUCUCUCUGGUUCAGAUUCUAUCGGCAGGGCUAUUUUAAUGGGAUCACACCUGGCUGAUGGAGCCUCUUCUGCUGCAGUUGCUGCUGCUGUUCCCACAGCCUUUAAAAGAUAUGCUCCUGCAGCUCGUGCAGCUUCUGCUGCUGCUUCUGGUGCAGCAGCGCAAGGGACUUGGGAGCUUCCCACUGCAGCAGCAGCAGCGAGAGAGCGGCAUCACACGAAGUCUGCUAAGCUGCUGCUGCAGUCCGUACCUUCGGCCGACAGCAGCAUUGACUCGUUGGAGGAUUUGCUGCCUUCACGAGGCAGCAGCAGCAGCAGCAGCAGCAGGGCACAGCAGCAGGGAAGGAGGCAGCCGCACGAACGGCAGGACAGCAGGCGUCAGCAGCAGCCAGCAGCAACAGCAGCAGCAGCAGCAGCUUGUGUGCCUAUGCCGACUCCCUGUUUUGCUGCCUCAUCUCACCAAGCGCAGCGGCAGGAGUUCCUGCCAAGUGCUGCUGCUGCUGUUGCAGCAGCAGCAGAGCAAGCCUCACGUUAUGCUGUUGCGCCGGAAGCUUUGCUGCUCCUGCUGCUGCCGCCCCCAGCAGCAACAGCUGCUGCAGCAGCGCCAGCAGGAGAAAAGCCACGCUCUCCCAACAACAGCAGCAGUUUGAAAAGCUGCACGGGAACGGGCGUCAGCAGCAGCAGCAGCAGCUGCUGCUGCUGCUGCGCAUGCGUGCGGGCCCUUUGCUGGCAUGAAGAUCGGUGGUCUGAAGAGGAAAGAAAAGUGGACAUCUCCAAAUGGGCAGAAGCUCUGCAGGAGCGACACGCGCUGCUGCAGCAAUUGCUGCGGUGGCUGCAGCAGCAGCAGCAGAAAGAGCCGCAGCACUGCCCUUCACCGCGUCGACCAGCUCAACUUCUUCUGUCGCUUUUCAAGAGCAUUGCUGAAGCCAUUACUGCUGCAGGUUUUGCAGUGGGGGCAAAGCUGCUGGAGGGGUUCCCUAACUGCUGCGAAGAGCAGCAGCAGCAGCAGCAGCAGCAGCGCCAGCCGUUGGAGGAGCAGCAGCGGCAGCAAGCGCAGCAGGCGCAGCAGCUGCAGCGCCUGCUGCUUGAACACAGCCCCUGGCAGCAAGAGGCUGCUGCCCCAGCAGCAGCAAACCAUGUGCUGCGGCGAGUCGUUGCCGCUGCUGACAUCGGCUGCUUACAGCAGGGGGUGCGGAUCGACGUUGCGCUGCAGCUGCUGCCGACUACACCGCCCGGGAGCAGCAGCUGCAGCAGCAGCAGCAGCAAUAGCAACACCACAAGCCGCAGCAACAGCAGCGGCAGUAGCAAAGGCGGAGAGCCAGCAGCAGCAGUGCCAUCAGUAAGGCGCGUUGCGCUCUUUUUGGACAGAGGAAACAGCAGCAGUAUCAGCAGCGCUGCUGCUGCUGUUGCAGCACUGGAAACUUUGCUGCUGUCAGUGAAGGGCUGGGAGGUAUACGAGCUUCAACUGACGCCUGCUGCAGCAGCGGCAGCACCAGCUGCUGCAGGAGCAGUGUGCAGCAGCAGCAGCAUGAGCCGCAGCAGCGCGACUAGCAACCGCAUGAGCCGCAGCAGCACGACUAGCAGCAGCAUGACCCGCAGCAGCACGACUAGCAGCAGCAGCAGCACAGGCCUCCCUGCGGAGGCGGUUGCCUCGCUGCUGCCUUUGCUGCUGCGGCCUUUUAAGUAG